AUGUCUCUCGACCCCGUCACCAGCGGUCUCGGCAAGGGCCUGCCUGUAAACCAGGUCACCGAUAAGGCGACCGGGGGCGUGAAAACGCUAGCGAGCGAUCCGGCCAAGGGAGUGCGCAAUACAACCAAGACAGUCGGAGACACGACUAAGACAGUCACGGAACCGAUCCUCCCCGGAGAAUUCCCAUCCGACGACGCGGCCGAGAAGAAGUACCAAGGCGAACAGCCCGAAGUUAAUUUCACGGCGCUAUGGGGAUCGUUCCGCGGAUGGAUGGCUGGGCUAUUCCCACAGGCUGUUGACCUUUUCGAGUACUUUGUUCAAUGGGUGGUGAAUCGGUAUUUCCCGCCGCCUAAGCAGGCGGCCAUGUAUGAGGCUAUGCUCAAGAAGCCGAUUGCUUCGACUUUCCUUAUUUGUCAGGCUAUCUGCUGUGCUGUUCCGCUGUUGGUGUUUUUAGUGGGCGUGUUCUUGUUCGCUAUUGUGUCGGUUAUUCUGUGGGCGGUCUUGUCUUUGCUUAUUCUCGGGCCGAUCCUCCUCGUGGCCAGCAUGAUGGGUAUCUCGCUGUGGGGCUGGGGAUGGAUCUUGUACGGGUUGAUUAAAUGGAUCGAUCAGAUGUUCCUUGGGGGAAUGAUAACUCGCUUCUGGCUUGGAAAAUCGCCGGAGCAGGUGGAGGCAGAGGCAGAAGCAGAGGGUGAGGGCGAGAGUGAGGGUGAAGCGGCCUCUGAGGGUGAGAAGAAAGAUAACUGA